AUGGAAGGGAUGCUGGAGAUGGAGGCCCAAAGGCUGGAAGAGCAGCUGGAGCUGGAGAGGAGACAGGUCAGAAGGAACAGGCUGCAGCUGGUGUCUGCAGUGGCCCAGUGGAUAGUAUUGCUCUCCUGCUUGGUCUACUUUGGUGUUGGUUUCCUGCAUCCCCCUACGACUCCAAAAUCCCAGUGGAUCGAAGUUGCAGCCACAGAUUACAUCCCCAAGGAGAAACGCAUCAAUAUCUCUUGGAAUCGGGGCACCAUGAACGUCAGAAACCUCUCCAUCCCGAUCUACUGUGAUGGCUUCUACCUGGUCUCCCUGAAGGGAACUAUCAAGGCAAUGUCCCAGAGGAAUGCCUCACUGAGCCUUAAGGUGUACAAGCGGUCCGAUGCGUCCAUCUUGUGUGUGAAGGUCACAGAAGAGGUAAUAGAUUUGGUGACGGUGUCCGAGAUGCGGUUUAAGGAUGAAGUCUACUUGGAGGCCAACAGAGAUGCCAACUACAAAGAUUUGACACUGGGCCUCUUCUUACUGACUCCUCGCUCAGACUGCUUACCAGACGCAUAUAAAAUGUAAAGUAAUGCCCCUGCGAUCAAAUAAAACUGGGAAUUGGAACCCAGCACCUAAACUCAUGGGAGGGUUAUGUCCAAUAGGCUGUAUAUGUUCAAAAAACUUACCAUGGCCUCGCCUCUCAGGGGCUUGUGGUAUGUCUGAGUGAGAGAGUUCUCAUGGCUAGUGCAAACAAGCCAAUGUGCACAUGGUCUUUAUACAGCACAUGUCCUGUUCCUCUCUUUGGGGCUUACCACAGCUAUUUUGUUAGCUGAAAUGGGAGAAAUGUACAGUGUCCUCAAGAAGAAUGAAGAGGACGCCACUGAAAAUUACCAAUGCUUGCCUCAGAGUCAGAGGAAUCCUGGAUUCUCUAUUUAUUUGAUAAUAUUUGUAUAUAAUUGAAAUGCCGUGUACAUUUGCUGAAAACAGUCACUUCAAUCAAGAAGGGACCUGGUUUGUCUUGAAGCCACCUGGGUGAGUUGGAGACUCCAGGGACCCACCACACAACCUUUGCCUCGUUGUGAAGGAAAAGAUGAAGAUAUGGCAGGCAAGGUGUCCCCUGUGGUGAUCCAGAUAAAUGUGCCCUGAAAGACUCAGGAAAUGAAAAAAUACAAGUGUUUGGAAGUGAGAGAAGAAGGCUGGAAUGGACAAGUGAGAGACUGUUACAAAUGGCUUUUUAAAAAGAAAGAGACAAAUUAAAAUGCUGGCAGUGUCUAAUAAUCUGCAAACUCAGUGACACCAUAUGUCAUAUGCACACGUGCGUAUGUGCACGUGCACACACACACACACACACACACACACACCUGAAGUUCUUGGGUGGGGUGAGCCCAUCUCUAAUAUGCACAUUUACUCAUAAAUACACACAAAGAUUUGGAUAUAUGC